GCGGCGGCGCCCGGCAUGUAUCAGAGCCCGCGGCGGCUCUGCUCGGCCCUGCUGCUCAGGGACGCCCCCGGCCUGCGCCGCUCGCUCGCGCCCGGCCCGCGCCGCGCGCCCGCCCCGCCGGGGCUCGGACCCCGCUCCGCGUCCCCGCGACUGCAGGCGGCGGCCUUGGGCCCCGCGAGGUCGCGUCCCCGCGCAGUGAGUUCCAUGGGAAACGGCACGAGCAGACUCUACAGUGCUCUGGCCAAGACCCUCAACAGCAGCGCAGCCGCUCAGCACCCGGAAUAUUUGGUGUCAGCUGACCCAGAACAUCUGGAGCCCAUUGACCCGAAGGAACUUCUGGAGGAAUGCCGGGCUGUUCUGCACACCCGGCCACCCCGAUACCAAAGGGAUUUUGUCGACCUGAGGACAGACUGCUCCAGCAGCCACCCUCCCAUUAGAGUUAUGCAGUGGAACAUCCUCGCCCAAGCUCUUGGAGAGGGCAAAGACAACUUUGUACAAUGCCCCGUGGAAGCACUCAAAUGGGAAGAAAGGAAAUGCCUUAUUCUGGAAGAGAUCUUGGCUUACCAGCCAGAUAUAUUGUGCCUCCAAGAAGUGGACCACUAUUUUGACACCUUCCAACCACUCCUCAGUAGACUGGGCUAUCAAGGCACAUUUUUUCCCAAGCCCUGGUCACCAUGUCUAGAUGUCGAACACAACAAUGGGCCAGAUGGCUGUGCCUUAUUCUUUCUCCAAAGCCGAUUCAAGCUCAUCAACAGCACCAAUAUUAGGCUGACUGCCAUGACCCUAAAAACCAAUCAGGUGGCCAUUGCACAGACCCUGGAAUGCAAGGAAUCUGGCCGACAUUUCUGCAUUGCUGUCACCCAUUUAAAAGCCCGUACUGGCUGGGAGCGGUUCCGAUCAGCUCAGGGCUGCGACCUUCUCCAGAACCUGCAGAACAUAACGCAGGGAGCCAAGAUCCCCCUGAUAGUCUGUGGGGACUUCAACGCAGAGCCAACCGAAGAGGUCUACAAACACUUUGCUUCCUCCAGCCUCAACCUCAACAGCGCCUACAAGCUGCUUAGUCCUGAUGGACAGUCCGAGCCUCCGUACACCACCUGGAAGAUCCGGACCUCAGGGGAGUGUCGCCACACCCUGGACUACAUCUGGUACUCCCAACAUGCUCUGAAUGUCACGUCUGCUCUGGACCUACUCACCGAAGAGCAGAUUGGGCCCAACCGCCUUCCAUCCUUCCAUUACCCUUCAGACCACCUGUCACUAGUGUGUGACUUCAGCUUUAAUGAGGAGCCUGAUGAACUUUUAUAAACACUAUCAUUUUAAUCACAAGAGUCUUAACCAGGGAUGUUUGGGGAAGCAAAUAGGAUAGGAAGUUGCCUGGAGAAGAACACCUAGUUUCUGCCACUUCCAUCAUUUCCAGCAUGCCCUUGGAAAAGAAUUUGUUCACAAACCUUUCCAGUUAAAACCUGCAGCAAAGAAAGAUGUUUGCACUCGAGUUCGGGCUUGUAUUUUUUCAUUGGUGUACCAUCCUCCACCAUCAGGGGGCAUUAAUGGCAUAGGCUUACCUGGAAGGUUUUUUGUUUUUGUUGUUUUGUUUUUGUUUUUUUAGUUGAGGGUGUUAUAAAAACCCAGGAGCCCUUCAGAAUUAAAGUAAGAUGUAGGAAGUUUUCUAGACACCAUUUCAAGUUAUUUAUUUGUGGGAUUUUUAAAUGUCAGUGAGAAAUGCAUGGCAAUAUUUAUUAUUUUUUUAUAUCUUCAUGUAAAAUUAAGUGGAUUAAUUAGCAUUGCAGACAUUUUAGAACCAUGCAAGAAAAGGCAUAAUUUCCUUAAACCUUGAGGUUUUUAUUUGGUGAUCUAAUAAAAUGUACACGAAGAACUGUUUAGCCCUGAGGGAUGUGUGACUUCAUAAGUACAUUUUUCACAAAUAAUUCUUGCUGUUUGCUAUGCCUCUAAUUUAUCCAUUGUUUCUUGAAAUUCAUUAGCUUUUUGUUAUUUUUUCACUAGGCAUUGUUAAGUAUUUGUACUUUUUCUGUUAUGGUGACUUUGGUAUACAUGUAACCAGUCACUUAUUUUGGAAUGUGCUUUUUACAAGUAGCUUUAGGAACAGUUCUGGACCAGUUGCUAAGAAUGUUAGUGAGAAUUCCUCCUGAGAUGGGAACUCUAGAAAUCCUAUUGAGGCCAUACACUCGACUGAGACAAGAAAACCUGUGUCUUGGAGGCCAACUUGGGCUGUAUAUUUAGACCUUGUCUCUAAAAAUCCCAAAGAUGGCCAUAUGACUGGCUUCAAAAUUUCUAGGAAGAAUGUAAGAGUAAAAAAGGUAACCUGGAGUUCUCUUCCAAUUGUUGAAGUCUCUCUCAUAAAAGUAACCUACUGGUGGUAAAAUGGUAAAUAUCUUAAUGUAUGAGUUCUAAAUAUUAUUUAAGAUUAAUAAAUGGACUUAUGAAGAAUUUUUAA